CGCUGUAUGAUUCAGUGGCGGUGUUGCGGUGCGUGGUAGUACGGGAAACACCGUCAGAGUAGGCUAUUUCUCCACGGUGUUCCUUCUGCAUCGGCAGAACAAUGAAGAUUUGAGAACCGCUAACGCAACCGAACGACAUGUAGCCUAAAUCAUUUGGUUCCGCUAUUUUGUUUGAAAAAAAUGGAACCGGUUCCUCGGUUCUCGGUUCAAAUCCCAAGACCUGAUAUUUGUCUUCCUUAGAGAUGGAGUAUAUUACAUGCGCUCACGCUCGUCAAGUCUAUCAGAUAAUGGGACGUAAAGAUGGGGUACGACACCAGUUGCUCUCUUUAAAAUAGGUAAGGAUAUAUGCAGUAAACGUUACGUUUAGAUAGUAGCCCAUUCGAUCUCGUUCUGAUACGCCUCUCCUGCUGGAGAAUGACCCCCCCUCAGCGCCUGUCGGAAUGCCGUUUCUCUCCGCUUGCACGAGGGCCACGCGCCAGAUGGCCACAUCAUAACCGACUGUGAUACUUGAUACUAUUGCACUAAAGCUGGACCCUAACUUUGCGGAUCUGAUGGAUUUAAAGAGGGUGCUGUCCUUUCCUCCAUAUCCAGGGGAUUAUUUGCACCCAGUGGUGUACGCCUGCACUGCAGUGAUGCUGCUCUGCCUACUGAUUUCUAUCAUGACAUACAUUGUACACCACAGCAUAAUCCGAAUCAGCAGGAAAGGAUGGCACAUGCUCCUCAACUUCCUCUUCCACACUGCCAUGACGUUUGGGGUGUUCGCAGGAGGCAUCAACCAGAUCAAGUACCCUGUGAUCUGUCAAGUGGUUGGCAUUAUCUUGCACUACUCCUCCCUCUCUAGCAUGCUAUGGCUGCUCUUCACUGCCAGGAAUAUUUGCAAGGAGGUGUCCAAGGCUCCGCCCAUACCUCAGGACAGGGACCCUCCCACCCAAGCACGCCCUAAAGCCAGCAUUUUCAGGUUUUAUUUGGUCAGUGGUGGGAUCCCUCUAAUCAUAGUAGGCGUUACGGCUGCUGUUAGCUUGGAUAACUACGGCAGCCGAGAUGACGCCCCUUACUGUUGGAUGGCCUGGGAGCCCAGUCUUGGAGGCUUUUAUGGACCCACAGCCUUCUUGGUCUUGGUAAUGUGCAUCUACUUCCUAUGGACGUUCAUCCAGUUAAAGCGGCACCCGGAGCGCAAGUACGAGCUCAAGGCCAUGACCGAAGAACAGCAGCGUCUUGCUGUGGCUGAAAUCGGACACUGCCACGCCGUCAGCGGAGAGCCAGGUGAGCAUGGUGAUCACACAGGCUGCACAGCCAUUACAGCUUCCAUGCUGGCCAACGAACACUCCUUCAAAGCUCAGCUGAGGGCUACCGCCUUUACUCUCUUCCUCUUCCUGGCCACCUGGGUUUUCGGAGCGCUGGCCGUAUCACAGGGCCAUUUUCUAGACAUGAUCUUCAGUUGUCUAUACGGAGCAUUUUCAGUCACACUGGGGCUUUUUCUGCUGAUUCAGCACUGUGCAAAGCGGGAUGACGUGUGGCAUCGGUGGUGGGCCUGUUGCCCCAAUAAACCAAAGGUGGAGGUCAACGGAGAAGCGGCGGGGAGCGCCGCUCCCACUCAAAGUCACAGCCAUACGCCAUCCCACGGGCAGAACCAAAUCCACUGCCAGGUCGACUCGGCUUGCCCGGGUAAACCUUUGCUUUCCCCGCACCUACACUCCCCUUUGCCUCACUGCAAGUUGGGUGCUCUGCCCUCCACCCAGAACCACACGAGCACCUGCUGUGCCACCCUUCACAGUCCCUCCUCCUUGACGUCCCGCCCGCAGUCCCUCCCUGAUGAGCUGCCCCGGCCGACCCUUCCCCUGCAAAGCUGCCUGAAGGACAGGUCCAAGACUCGUUCCUUCAACCGACCCAGGCCCUGCCUCAGGGACUAUUCCUACCACAUGACCUCCACCAGCAUGGACGGCAGCGUGCACAGCUCCCACCUAGACAGCCCCCACAGCGUGCACCUGGACAACCCUCUCACCUGCCACACGUCCCACUUGGAUACUCAACUCUCUUGUCACAGCCCCCACCCGGACAACCAGCUGCGCUGCCCUAGUCCCAGUCCUCACCUCGAGAGUUUGGCCUCGCACGGCCUUCACGAUACCAUCUCCUGCCAUGGCGUGCACUUGGACAGUCAGCUCUCCUGCCACAGACACAUGUGCUGUGCCAAAGCAGACCCAUUCGCGAGCAUAUGCUGCCAUAAAGCUGACCCGUUUGUCAGCCCUUGCCAGGCUGAGGAUCCGGACACGGGUCCGCUGAUGUACAGUUGCGCAAAAAUGGCCGAUAAAGAGGAUGAAACCAUGCUGCACUUGGAUAUAACCCCUCCGAAGGCCACUCUGUCCACGCUCAGCAGGAAAGGCACCCUCAGCCGGAGGGGGACGCUGAGCCGGAACAGUAGUCAGCAUGAGGACUACAUACUUACCUCUGAUUCCACAGGUAACAUUAGAACUGGACCUUGGAAAAACGAGACAACCGUGUAGGCCUGUGAAUGACGUGCUAACCUGUUUCUCUCGCCUGAGCUAAACUACUGUGUAGUCCCAGGGCUGUUACCCAAAGGCCCUCUCUUCUUUGAGCUAAGCUACUGUGUAGUCCCUCUGCUGUGACUUCCCUCUCUCACCCGCCCCAUAUACCUUCUCUUCCCCUUUAAAGAGGUUCGAACCUCUGCUUACCUCUUCUCAGACUUCAUCUCAUGUCUCAUCCCAGCUCCAUUCUUGCCAUUUUGAUAUGGCAGCAAAGAUCACAUGCCAUACAUUUUAAUUUGGAUGAUCUUUUAUAAUCAAACUGAUUUUUGUACAUGUGUUUUUGGGUAUGGUAACAUAAUGUGCAAUUAUGUCGUUGUGGAUGUGUGCGUGUGUGUGUGCGUUUAGUAGGUGAGAACGAACCGGGUGCAUGUGUUUGUGUCUAUUUGCAUGUGACAACAUGCUUGUGUGUAUAUAGAUAGCAAGAUUUCCAUUCGUGCAAGAAAAGUCCUUUGUUUUAGAGCGAAAUCUCCUAUAUUUCUUUAAAUGGACCGCCAAGUGUGAAAGCACCAGCACUUAAUUAGAUUUUCACUUUUAAGGAAUUAUCACUAAUGAAAUUAAGAUUAAGCAACAAACAUAUAUGUGAGUUACAAUAUACGUGCCAAACAGUAUAAUAAGAGAUCUACCCCAGAGUACCAAGUAGUCUGUGAUAUGUGGAUAAUGGUGUGUGGUUGUCACAACGAAGCUGUCAUUUUUUUUUCAUCUACAGACAUAAAAACAGCAAACAAAUAGGCUCCCUGUGUUUCCAUGGUGACCAAUCAUGAAGAGAGGUGCCCAUUUUGAACUGCACAUGUGAUGUAUGCACAUACAGUAUUUAGUUCCUGGCAAUGAGGCGCAGAUCACUUCAAGUCAAUGGCCUUACAGAACGUAUUGGUUUUGCGUUGAUCAAAAGUCUUACGUUGCACUAAAGCAUUAAAGCAUGCUCACCAUAAUGUAGGAAGCAAUCAUUUACAUGCCUAACGAGCUACAUAUAUAUUCAUGUGAUUGACAGGAAAGCUUCUUAGCUUACUGGAAACGCUCAUGGUUAUUUAUUCUGUGCCAAAAAAAAGGAGGGCUUCACUUUCUACAUUUGAAGAUAGAAUACUCAUUAACAGUUUAUAUCACUGUGUCAACUCACCUUGCUCACAGAAAUUGUCUGAUUUAACAUAAUGGAAGCUCAUCUGUCAAAUGAGCAGCGAGUAAAUGGAGACAAAAAGGAAGAAAAUGUGUCUGUGCCAACUCGUAUUGUAAAUAAUUAUCAGGCGUCUUGAUUCAAAACCAGUAAAUCAGAAUAAAUGCAAUCUGAACACUAAAUCAAAUAGGAUUUUAAAGAAACAUGAGGGCAAACGACCAGAAUUUUGAUCGAAAAAAUGGAUCAAAUUUACAUAAUACAACAAGUGACUAAAGAGUGUUACUUCUUGUUCCGUAAAACUUCUUUUUCAUUGAACUUAAUAUGUGAUUUGUUUAAUGAAUUCUAUUUAUUCUUCAUCUAAUUUUUUUUUUUUGAAUCAGCACAUCUGAUUUACAGUAUAUAAAUUGGCGCAGAUGCAACUUUGUCUUUUUAUUAAACUCAGUAUGUGAUUUGGUGUGCAUAUUCUGUUUUAUUCUUGAUUUAAAUGGAGACGAACACAUGAUCACAGAAAUCUGCCAGUAGCUAUAUUUAUCUGUUUUCAUUUAAGGGGUAAUAUAUACUUCCACUUAAAUUUUUAAUGUUUUUUAAAAAAAAAGUCUCUUCUGCUCAACAAGCCUGCAUUUAUUUAAUCCAUAAAUGCAGAAAUAUUUUUACUAUUUCAAAUAACUGUUUUUUAUUUGAAUAUAUUUUAAAAAUAUUUUAAAAGCUGACUUUUUAGCAUCAUUACUCCAGUCACAUGAUCCUUCAGAAAUCAUGCUAAUAUUCUGAUUUGCUACUCAUAAAACAUUUAUUGUUAUUAUGUUGAAAAACAGUAGAUUUUUUUCAAGUUUGUUUGAUGGAUAGAAGGUUUAGAAGAGUAGCAUUUAUCUGAAAUAGAAAUUAAUUUAGAGUAUUAAUUUUUAUAAUUUCUUUCCCAUAAAAAAAACGGUCUCCAAACUUUUGAAUGGUAUAGUGUAUAAUGUUACAAAAGCAUUUUGUUUUAGAUAAAUGCUGAUCACUGGAUCUUUCUGUUCAUCAAAGAAUUUUGAAAAGUACACAACUAUUUUAAAUAUUGAUGAUAAUAAUAAUAACAAUAUAUAAAAAAAAUUGAACAGCAGAUCAGCAUAUUAGAAUGAUUUCUGAAGGAUCUUGUGACACUGAAGACUGAUGUAAUAAUGCUGAAUUUUGCUUUGAUCACAGAAAUAAAUUACAUUUUACAAAAUCAGAUAGAAAGCAAGUUAUUUUAAAUAGUAAAAAUAUUUCACAAUAUUACUGAUUUUGCUGUAUUUUGGAUUAAAUAAAUACAGGCUUGGUGAGCAGAAGAGAAUUUUUAAAAACACUAAAAGUCUUACUGUUCAAAAACUUUUGACUGGUAGUGUAAUCUUAUAGUAUCAUGUGAUCCUAUUUGUCUCAUUUUGUUCUUAACAAUAUGUGCCAUUAUUUAAUGAGAGUGCCAACAGAAGAGUAAUGUUCCUUGUUUAUGUUGUGUUUCUUUGUGAGCUCAGGGAUCAUGUUGAACUACAGAUAUACAUUUGCAUGAAAUUAAUAAUGGCUAUUGACCCAAGAGUGUUUCACCAAAUUAAAAAAAAAAAAAAAAAAAAAAAUAUAUCAAAAUAUGAUUUUUUUAAAAUCAAAUUUCCCUUUACCAAUCAACCCAUGCUUUCUUCAGAUGUGUAGCACAUGGAUACUAUUAAGCCCUCUAUGGAAUCCUUGGAGGAAAUGAAAUUUGUCUAGCUGCCUGAUUUACCAUGUGUUGUGCUUUAUCUUUACCCACACGACCCACCUGUCAUUUAUAGCAAAUGAAAGAACUGCAGUCAUUUUUUGGUCAGUACAUGUGAUUUGUGCUCUGACCUGACCCAAAGCCAGUCUUUUUUUUUCUUUCUUUCUUUUUUUUUUAAAACAUGUCACAAUUUACAAUAAAUGUAUUUUAUCACCUGA